AUGUCCUUCCACGCGAACCAACCCCACGGCGGCGGUCCCCCGAACAUGGCGCAGAACUUCAAUGCCAUGCUCCAACGCUCCAUGCAGGAUCCAGGGCAAUUAGAAGCGCCGAUGGAUAUCCCCGGCCGACCAAAUUCUUCCAUUGGAUACGGAGGGGUGUACAGCGCGACUCCACCACCACAGCAUGGACCUAAUGUUCUAGGCGGUGCACGGGGACCGCCUCCCCAGCAAAUACUCCCUUUGGAUUUACCUCCACAAGCAUUCUUGACCUCGGCGAUGCUCUUGGACAUGGUUGAUAAAAAAGUCGACAUUCUCCUCCGCGACGAGAAAGAAUACAUUGGUAUCCUACGCUCAUACGAUCAAUUCGCCAACCUCGUCCUCACAGAGUGCUACGAGCGCAUAGCCGCCCGCAACCCCGAUGCCACGCCCUCGUCCGACCCCUCGAUACCGCGCUGGCUCAUCCACGACGUCAAACUACCCGGCAUCAUGACGAUACGAGGGGAAAACGUGACGAUUUGCGCAACCGUCGAUUUAGACCGCGAAGAGAGCCCCCGCGGCGCAACCUUUGCAGACGUAGAUCAAGUCCGCACCCUGGCCGCGAGCCAAAAGGCAGAGAAGAAAGAGACGGACGGCCGAAAGGCAAAGGUGUUGCGUCAGGCUGGUAUCGAGCCUGGGUUUGGAAUGCAGGCAUAA